CAAGAGGCUCUCGUUGCCAUGGUGAUGACUCGCGCGCUCGGGCCUCGUGUCUUCCGUUUCCACGGGCUGGAGGACAGUCCAGACCCCGCCCCCGACGUCGGGAUUCGAGAGCCCCGAGCCAGUCCCGCGAGGCCCACGUUGCUGCGGUGAUUCGCUGGGGCCCCGCACGCCGGAACCGGCCUUUGCAGCUUUGUCUACAGGACACUGGAAGAAUGAGGUCCUCUUGGACCCCUUUGGGGCCCCCAGUGAGCCAGGACCGCAUCAUCACCAGCUUCCCGAAGUGCUACACGCCUGAGGCCUGCCUGCAGCUCAAGGAGCACUUCCACAGCCAGGUUGACACAGCCUGCCAGCACAGGAACACGGGCACUGCUGGGCUCAAGCUCUCCAAGGUGGUGGUGGUUGGUGAUCUCUAUGUUGGGAAGACUAGCCUCAUUCACAGGUUGUGCAAGAAUGUUUUCGACCGUGAUUACAAGGCCACGAUUGGGGUAGACUUCGAAAUUGAGCGCUUUGAGAUUGCGGGGAUCCCCUACAGCCUCCAGAUCUGGGACACGGCCGGGCAGGAGAAGUUCAAAUGCAUUGCCUCUGCCUACUACCGCGGUGCUCAGGUGAUCAUCACAGCCUUCGACCUCACUGAUGUGCAGACACUGGGGCACACCAGGCAAUGGCUGGAGGAUGCGCUGAGGGAGAACGAGGCCGGCUCUUGCUUCAUCUUCCUCGUGGGAACCAAGAAGGAUCUCCUGUCAGGGGCAGCGUGUAAGCAGGCAGAAGCAGAGGCUGUGCACCUGGCCAAUGAGAUGCAGGCAGAGUACUGGUCUGUAUCUGCCAAGACGGGAGAGAAUGUGAAGGCAUUCUUCAGCCGCGUCGCCGCGCUAGCAUUUGAGCGGUCUGUACUUGAGGACCUGGAGAAGAGGCCCAGGACCCAGUCCCAGGUCGGAGAUGGCGAUGGAGACCUAAUCCGAAUAGAGGUACCCAAGACCCAGGAGAACAAGAGGCCACCUAGCCUGGGCUGCUGUUAGCCGAGGCCAGCAUCAGAGCCGUCCACCCCGUGCAUACACGGAGGGUGACAUGGAGUCCAAGCUCCACAGUGGAGAAGCCUGUGUCUCCAGAUUACGGCCACUUCUCCCGAGCAGGUCAGCAGCCACUGGAGCCCCGCACUGCUCGGCUGGCUGGGGUCACCAGGGUGAGCCUUUCCUACAGGGUCUUCAGACGGUCGCUGUGUUCUCAGGAGGCUUCAAGACUGCAAACUCAGGACACUUCAGGGCUAGCCCACUUCCUUUACCCAGUCGUACCCAGAGUCAGUCCUGGACCCCUCUCCUGCCGAUCCUCACUGAGGCCUCUGAACCCUCGUCUCCAUGUUCCAAGCAUUGACUUGUCAGAAUAGCUGAGCAGAACCGACCUGCAAUCCCAUCUCAUCCUUGAUGAGAUUUCUGUCAUCAAGACAACAAGGAGUCCUAGGCCUUGCUGCCUCAGACCUAGCUAUCCACCGUCCUUCUACCACAGAAUCUUGGGACUCUUGAGCCCCAUUGUUAAGCACAAUGGACACAGUUGAGGUGGCCCCUCUGGCAGAGUCCCGCCUCCAUCUCUGAGGUUUCCCAUGCUCCUGCUCUGCAUGUCAGUGGGUGAGAUCGUGACUAUGCCAAGAGAUGACAAUUGCAUGGCUUCCCUCUGGCAGCUCAUUCCAUGUCCCUGAGCCUGAGGCUGCCCUGUGCUGUCACCCAGGCCCUUCCCUGUUGACCUACCAUGUGUCUCUCCAGUGGGCCCGUGUGUCUCUUGGACUUUGGCAUUGGCCCACGGAUCUCUGGAGGACUUAGGACAUCCAGAAUCUAGCAUCCCUAACCCCCUCUUACACAUCAGCAGGAAUACUGCUCCCUACUUGGGUCCAGAGCCUCCCCUGACCCCCUCACCCACUCCGUAGUCCUACAGCUCUCUGUCUAGGCCCACACAACCCUUUCUUACUCCUGCCACAGAGGGAGGGUACACACAGCAUUCCUGGCUGCUGCUUUUUCCCCAAGGCCUGUCUCAUGUAGCCCAUGCUGUUUUCCAACUCUGUAGCUGAGGCUUACCUCCAUCUCCCAAGUGCUGGGAUUACAGGCAUGAAUCCCCAUAACCCAGCAACACCUGCUUGUCAAGGAUGGUAAGCAUUUGCAGGCGGCCACGUUGGUCGGUGCCCUUCUCUAAGUGCCUGGCAUGCCACACAUUUCCAUGACUGUUCAUUAACUCGGCAAACACCCGAGAACACUGGCAAAUUUUCCUGUCUAGUACCAACAUUCCUUAGCUUUAUUUUAGUGUGCUCUCUCUCUCUCCAUCCUCCCUCCCCAUCUCUCUGAAACGGGGGGGGGGGGGAGGGUCUCUGUUUAUACUAGGCUGGCCUUGAGCUUGCAGCAGUCUCCCUGCUUCUGCCUCCCAAGUGCUGGGAGGAGACAUAAAGCUCAUUAUCUGGCUCAAGGUCUUUUAUUCUAAAAAUUAUCUAAAACAUCUCUUUGAAGGAAUUAAAUGUUUGGUAUUAAACAAGGUGGUAGAGCAUAUAAACAAAAAUACUUCUGCCCUGAAAUCAGUUGUACUCUUUGACAUAAACAUGGUUAGCAGUUGAUUUAAAAAAAAAAAUCCUUCCAUGUUGUUCCCGCUCUGUAUACAAACCUUCUGUCUGUUGGCUUGUCUCUUCAGUGUGCCCUUGUACUGUGCACGUUGCCUGAUGGGCCACCUGCCCAGUGAUCUGUCCUGAUCUCAAACUGUGGGUGCGUGCCAAACCUUCCCAUACUUGAGCAAAACACGCAGUUCCCAUAGUGUGGACAGGCUGUAGCUGAGUUGACUUCCUUGUCUACUGAGCAGCCGUUUUGUAUCCUGCUGUUGUUAGCUUUCAGCUAAGGUCCUUUAGAAUUUCCCCAGAGGGUCUUGGUGGGCCCUUGUCCAGCCUGGGCUUAGCAGGUAUAGCAUAAUGCUCCACAGGGAGGAAGUAGAUGGCAAUGACCCCUCUUCAUCUUUCCGGGUCCCAGGGUGGUGACAGGGAGGGGUGAUACUUCGUCCUUCUGUCAUGCGCUCCAGAGCUAGAAGGGCACUGAUCUACAGACACCCGUGUUGCUGUAGAUUAACUACCCUUCAUUGAACACUCCUUGUGGUGCCCGCCACAGCGUGAUAGCGUGCGUCCUCACUCUAAAUAACAGGUCUCUCCAAGUUCAAUACUUGGCCUGGGAGGAUAGCUUCUAAGCUUACCAAGGAAAGUGGAGGGAGUCAGACGUUUCUCUGCCAGUCAACAGUGUUGCCUUAAUACAGCUGUGUGACAAACCCUACCCCACAGGCUGAGUAAGUUAUAAGCAGUAGAUUAAUUUAUGCUUCUGGUAGCUGCAAAAUCCAAGAGAAGGGGACUGACACCUGGCAAGGGCCCUAUGUCACACCCUAACGUGCCAUAUAGAGCAGAGAGUUUGCCCUGAAGAGAGAGGUAAAGAGGGGAACCAAACGUGCUUCUGUAACAAACGCAGUCUUGUGGUAACAGUGUAUUGAGGAGCCCCAAACUCUUCCCUCUGGGUCCCCCCUCCAGACACUAUAACUCUGAGGAGACAGUCAAACCUCAAACCUCAGAGCUAGAGGUGUCAUUCUGAUAGACUGCUUGCCUACCACGUGCUCCACCCCCACCCCUGAAAAGUUCCCCAACCCCGGAAGGGCUGGAGAGAUGGCUCAGCAGUUAAAGAUUUGUUUAAAAAAAAAAAAAUAGCAAACCCAUCACUUUCAUGUUAUUCCCCCUCCCCCCCCAACAAACACACACUGGCCCAUUGGAGUUAGGGUAUUAUCUUCAGAUAACUCAGCAAUCAUCAGUUGAUUCUGUUGAGGGCCUAGGCAGCCUGGGUCUGGACCUACAGGACCAGCUCCCCACAGCCAAGGUCUAAUGAGUAAUUAUAUUCAGUGACUUCAGGGGUGUGCUCUCCCUUUUCCCAGCCUCCUUCCCUGCUUCCUGCCCACUCUGUCCUUUGUGUCCUCUGCUGGAGACACCUCUGGCCUGUCUGCCAUCUAACAGAUGGGCUAAAAAGCCAGGACACACUUGAGCUGCUCCCUCUCUGCCCCAUUUUAGCUUUAGGUCUGAUCGCAGUAGAAUCGGGCCCCAGAGCCCAGCAGCCUUACCCUUCAGACUCUCACCCAAGACCCUCACCCACCCCUGCUCCGAGUAUCCCGCCAAGCCUUACAGCACAGUCUGUUCCCUGUGUCUGCAUGGUAUUGGACUGUCCUCCCCUAGUUGUGCAGCCAUGGUGACUCAGGCUCCACGGUGACCAGAACAGGAGUUUUGUGCUCAGCCAUUUGUGUCCUGGUUGCUUGCCUCUACCAUCCUGGCUCUGUUACAAGCCUUGGUGGCUCAGGGGGGCCACAGGAAUCCAGGCACAACACUAUAGCUUAGAGGGUACAGAGCAUCCUUUUCUCAAGGAACCCCAGACAUUUUAAGCCAGGAAAACUGUGGUCACCUAACAUCUACGAAGCUGAGCACAGAGGUAGACAGGAUUGGUUACAUUCGUAUAGUUACACAACUUCCUCCCCUGUCCCCUCCAGCCUCAAACUAAAAAUACCUCCUCUCUCUGCCUCCCAAGUUCUGGGAUUACAGGCACGAAGCAUCACUAAUUAUUCAGGCAUCUCUACAGCCUGCUUCCCAAAUUCUCCCAGUUAUUAGUCCCUGAAUGUACACAACACUCACUGGGGGAUGUGACCCCACAAAAGUGCUGACUGGGAACAGGAAACAGCCCUGUCCACAAGUAGUCCUAGGCCCCAUGAGACAGCGGCAUGUUGACAGGGAAUUCUAGAUGGAGAGGAAGCCACGAAAAGAACACAGCGGCGGGGGGAAAGGGGCAGGCAUGACUCUUUGUGCCAGGAGUUUUCACAAGAAUCACACAGCUUAGAGGCAGCCCUCCUUGUGGUCAGGGAGUGAAUCUGGAUGGGCUCCGGGCUGGCUUCGGAUACUGCUCUGAGACAGGCUCCUCCGGGAGCUCCUGGGGCUCCUCCGCCAUCUGCUCUGGCCUCACGUGUCACUUCCCAUAUGGUAGGCCUUUCCUUCAGAGAAGCUGAUAGGCAGACAGAAGUAUGGCCAUCGCAUUGCCUCUAUCCUGGCCAUGUGCAGGCCCUGGUUUGCCUCUGUAGUCCAGGCCAUCAGUGACAUCCAGAGCCACCAGCUACCCGAUUCUGUGCCCCAGACGGACACAGCUUCCUAGGCUGUUGAGGGCUUGCUUUUUACUCAGCCUGCCUACCCCUAGCCUUCUGGAACACACAAUAAGGGAUUGGCCCCAGGAGGCAAAGCAGAGCUAGGGCGUCUUCCCUUACCAGGGGAGGCACCUCUGACCUAUAGGUGCUCUCGCCCUCUGAAGCCUGAAAGUGAAAACCUGGAGCACCUCACUGGCCAUCCCCUCACUAACAGGCUCACUGCACUCUGCCCUUCCUCUCUUGGUAAUGGCUGCAGACAACAGUCGGGAGAUUACACUGGCAAAGAUUCAGGAGCUUCAUUAAUAAUUGAUCCCGCAGAAGGGGGGUGGAGUUGCUUCUAAUGAGAGUCCUGCUCAGUCAUUGGGAACCCGGGCCAGCAGCUCCAAAGAAGACCCACUGCCUACUUGGCAAGGCUACCCUACCGAGAUCCCCGCUGCCUACUGUAGGCCAGGGCUUUGUCAGCGUGGAGGAGGCCCUCCAGCUAAGCACUGUUGAGCGCAGCAUGAGCAAACAGAGCUAGGGAACUGAUGCUGUUGUCUCUCUCUCCCUCAAGAUGACAGAUGACAUGAUGGAUAACAGAUGGAUGACACAGUGACAUCCCACUUAAAAGACAGGCUUCCCCCUGCCUCCAGCAGGCAUGGAGAUAGGAAUGAAGACUGGGUAGAGAAAAAGCAAAAAAGAUCCAGCUUCUCUUUUUUUUCUCCAUUGUGCUGGAAGUUCACUCUAGGGCAGUGGUUCUCAACCCUUCUAAUGCUGUGUGACCUUUUAAGACAGUUCUUCAUGUUGUAAUUGACCCCCCCAAUCAUAACAUUAUUUUCAUUGCUACUUCAUCACUAUAAUUUUGCUACUGUUAUGAAUUGUAAUGUAAACAUCUGCUAUACAGGAUGUAUUUUCGUUACAAGUUGACUCAAAGAGGUCUCAACGCAUAGGUUGAGAACGGUGGCUCUAGGGCCUUGUAGAUGCUAGCAAGCUCUCUCCCACUGAACUCGGCCUGCCUGCCUGCCUGCCUGUGUUUAAUCCCUGGCACCAAAUGAACCAGGCAUGGUGGUACAUACAUACCUAUUUGGUACCACAGAUGGGCAGUCAGUAUCUUUCUUUGAACCCAUGACUGGUCCUUCUCCCUAGUUCUCCAUACCUAAACCAUCUUGCAAGUCCUCUGAGCUCCACUCCAAGAAUGGCCCUGCAAGCUAACCCUCUCUUCUGGUCACCUUGUUCCCAAACUAGUCUAGGUCGGCAACUUCUGCAUGGAUUGCUACAGAUCCACUCUUACCACCACACCAUCCAACAAACCUCCCACCCAAAACUAUCAAGCAGGUUGCCCUCUGCCUACUACAUGGACUGACCUAGCAGGACUGUCGAGCUGGGAGUACUUACACAUAAAUUCAUUAAAGUUCAACAGAACAUUCUGUUCUUUGACAUACUGACGUCACAUCUUAGUGCCUGGGAUUCACGUGGAGAAGGCUACAGGCACACAGAUAAUAGGACAUGUAUUGCGGUGGGAACUUCCGGGCCAUGCAGGCCGAGACCUGUUUGGUGGCUUUACUCGCCUUUAAAAUGAAACCUAAAUCUCUUAGGCAUCUAGAAGGUGCUGGCCAACCUAUGACCUCACCCCCUGCUUCCCACAUUGACCUCAUCUCGUAACUUAGCUGUUCUUCAAAUAGCUACCUUCCUAAAGCCUCUUUCUUGCUAUCUGCCUGUUGCCUUCUCUCUGUCUGUCUGUCUCUUACACACACACACACACACACACACACACACACACACACCUCCUGGGCUGUGCUUCUCAGCCACACAUAUAUCUCAAUUUGACCACUACUUGCUGACGACCCAAAUGCUUGCAGAGUUAGGAUCUAGUGGAAACAGACAGACAGAUUGUAGGUGUGUACGGACCCUCCGUCUCUCCUCACUCUGUCCUCCUAGAGAAGGACAGAUGAUGAGAAAGCUCUAUGGGGUGGGGGGUGGGGGGAGAUGCUCUGUGCAGAAAAGGACCAGAAACUUUGUGUUAACGCUCCUUUGGGGAGGUCCUGAGGACGAAGAGUAUUCUUGGGGCCAGAAAAGACUCUCUGAUGGAGGAAGAAAGUCACUUUGUGGAUGUGUGCUUGUACUGGACAAGCAAUUUGCUAUGCCGAGAGAACAGACUUUGCAAACCCCAAUAAACGAGUUUCUGGG